UCCUUUAACCUCUCAACCUUGAGGUUUUAUUAUUGCCUAGCUUGUUUAGGUCAUAAAAUAAAUCCGAUCCAUCUUAAUUGAUUUUCUCUCAUGUCGAGUAGUGACAGGGGGAAGGACUUGGUCGAGGGGUCAUCAAGAUCCCCUGGCGGCGAUCAACCGGCUACCCUGAGCCGUUACGAAUCACAGAAACGGAGAGACUGGAAUACUUUUGGUCAGUACUUGAAGAACCAGAGGCCACCAGUCUCACUCCCACAGUGCAAUAGCAGCCAUGUGCUUGAUUUCCUGAGAUACCUAGAUCAGUUUGGGAAGACUAAAGUUCACUUACAAGGGUGUAUGUUUUUUGGGCAGCCCGAGCCGCCUGCUCCUUGCACCUGCCCGUUAAGGCAGGCUUGGGGCAGCCUUGAUGCACUCAUCGGACGCCUUAGAGCCGCCUACGAAGAGAACGGUGGCACUCCGGAGACAAACCCUUUCGCUAGCAGCACGAUUCGUGUUUAUCUUCGAGAAGUGAAGGAGUGUCAAGCUAAGGCAAGGGGGAUCCCUUAUAAGAAGAAAAAGAAGCCAAAUCAAAGCAAUGACUUUGACGAAUCCAGUUCUAGGAUGCGCUUCGCUUGAUUCUAUUCUAUGCCUGCUUUAGAAAAUGGAUGAUGUGGCUCAUCCUGGGAUUGUAAAAAUGGAAAAUGGUGUUGCAGCUAGGCGGAGUACUACUUUUGUAAUUCAAUAAUGCUCUUUCAUUUGUUUUUCCAAAUAGUUUAUGAUGUAGCCUAGUGCUUUCAUCUAAAUAACUGUCAUGUUGGUUUUAUGAGUCUCCUUUUGGGGAUUUGGGAUCGAAUGUGUAAGCUCCUAUUAUUUUUAUAUCAAAAACUCUGUAUAAAUUCAACUUUAUGCGUUAA